AUGAUCUUCUUCUGCUACGAACUGGACUACGACGGUCCUAGCGACGACAGCGGCAUUUCGCCGGUGCUGUACCACGUUCGCAUGUUCGCACUCGCCGAAAAGUACAAAGCCUACGGUCUCGGACUGCUAGCUGUGGACAAGUUCCGCAAAGCGGCGAGCAUGGAGUCAACCGUCGAGAAAGAUCUCGUGGGGGCUAUCAGGGAGGCAUAUGAGACACGGGAUGAGGAAGGUCUGCUCGGAAGGGUGAUUUUGGAUCUUGUCGGGCAGCAGUGGGUGGAUGAGCGUGUCUUCGGAGAAGCUAUAGAGGUGGAAGAAGUUGAAGGGUUCUGA